UCAUGGGGUUUGUGUAUGAUUGUGGAGCUCGAAUCAACAGGCACUAAGUUUUUGCUUAACGAAACUGUGUACGAGCUGUGCAGACAUUCCACGAAAAAUUCUUGUGGUUGCGCUAUUCACGAUCGUUCUUCAUCUGGUUUGUUUUUUAGUGUUAGUUUAAAAAUCAUCCCGCCCUACAGUGCGUAGACAGUCAGUCGUGUCAGUCAACAAUAAAUGGAGAAGUGACGGUGUGUGCGCAGCUGAUUCUUAGCGAUUUAAGCGAUUCGUGAUGUCUGGUGACUAAAGGGUGUGCCGAAUUGUGUCCCAUUAACCAUUGUUAUUGAGUCUGCUUAAUAGUGUCAAAGCUGCAUUGUAACCGUGCAUUUCGAAAUGAAACGAUGACGUCAAAGCCGUGCUCACCUUCCCAGUAGAAAACCCAGGAAAAGGGAGAGCCAGCGAACGUGUUUUUACCUUUGGCAGAGGGAAAACCAAAGUGCCCUCAAGCAAAAGAGAAAUUAGCAUUCCACAACUCUUAACCAAACUCAUUUCACUGUGCCGCUUUCUGUGCCGGCCUUGGUGGUUUCCUACCGAAACUGAUCGUGCUACCGAACGUGAUCCUGCAAAUAGUGUGGAAAGGAAUCUCAUACGCCCCGUGACGACAAAAUGUUACAAAUUCGUCAUUCAGUCGUGGUCGGCGUUAUUGCCUUUAUAGGUUUAGCUGUGACAGAGUUUACGGGUCCCAUUCCUCGACUGUUCCCGUCUGGCGAAGAACAGAUUUAUCGAACUGGUGCCAGUUUCCGGCUGACGUGUGAAGCUACAAAACCCGUUGAAUGGAAACAACCAAUCUUAUCGCAUCAUUUGGAAAUCAGUCAUAAUGACGAGGCCAUAAUCACCGAAGAAACAAUUCCUUCGCCAGUGGAUGGGUACGCGCACCGCUCCAUUCUCGAAGUGAAUGCAGCCACAAUAUUAGACACGGGCUACUACAUCUGCCAUUAUGCAGGGAAUGACGACAUAGAAAAUCCCAAUGUGGCUGUAAAAACUUACGUCUACGUCGAAGAUGAAUCGAGGUUAAUUGUUAGCGUUGGCGAUGAGGGCAUCGUCACCGUCGUGGCCCACCAAUCAAGCCGUGAAGUUAUUCCAUGUAAACCUACCAGCCCAAAGGUGGAGUUAACCUUGUUGGAUCCCAGUGGGUUGGAGAUUAACCCACUGACAGAUCCCGAAUUAUGGUCCUACGAUCCACAUGAAGGUUUCAUCGCCAAUGACGUGGCGGUGGAUAUGUCUGGCAUGUAUACGUGCAACGCGGUUCGACAUGAAGACAAUUCGCAUGAAACAAUUACCUACGUUGUCUCUGUUCAGCCCGCAACUGCUGGAGCUCCAAAACCGCACAUCAACGACGCAUUUGCUAGCAAGAUAGCCCUUCGUGACAGUUUCCAACUGAAUUGCUCGGCAUCUUACGAUCCUGGUGUAACAAUCGAUCUGAAAUGGAUCGUCCCCCAUCCCGAAGGAAUAGAUGGCCGACGUAUACGAACUGGCAAACUGUCCGUUAACAAAGGCUGGGUAGGCGGCAUGGAACAGCAAAUUGCCCACCAAGUGUUGGAUGUCACUAAUGCUACCGAAGAAGACGAAGGCUAUUACAAGUGUAAAACAAUCGACCAUACUCAGAAAUUCGAAUUGACUAGCGUUUUCAUCAAAAUUCAUGGUGAGGACGUGUCGUACGUCAACAUCUCUGAUAUCGGUCUCCAAUCGUAUUUGGAACAACCGGCAAACGAGACAAUUAAAUGGGUUGUUUUUUACGAGGCCUAUCCCAAGCCACAAAUCAUCUGGUCAAAAGGUAGUCGAGAAAACAUCAUCAGGAACACAACUUCAAAAUACGUUAUCAAAGACGAAUUGAGGAGAACCGUCUUAGAGAUCAAAGAGAUUGGACUUGCUGAUAGUGGCCAGUAUUUGCUAACCGUGCACACUAACAAAGUGCAUGAUACGCGUAGUUUCACCCUUCGGGUCACAGAUAAGCCAAUUGUGAAAGCACAUUCGGAUUCACAUAGUAAAGCGAUCCACUUUAAUGAGCGAUUUAAUUUGGGUUGCCAGAUUAUAGCUUACCCUGAAUCUGAUGUCAAACUAUUUUUUCGCGAAUGUCUUCCUCAAAAUCCAUGUACCACUACGUGGAGCCAACUGUCGUUAAAUCAAACCUAUGGACCGGAUAAAACAUCGGGCAAUGAAGAAAAGAUUAAACUCACCAGAGUUGAUUUCCAAACGAAAAAAGUUAUGGUAUCAGGCAAUGCCAGAGUGGCUGGCCAGUACAGAUGUGAAGCUUGCAACACCUUGGGUUGUACAGGAAGUCCUCAGGAUAAAAGUUCAAUUGUCCAAAUCUUCGUCAGUGAUUUGUCUACUGACAACGUAAACGGAACAGAGCUGAUAAAAUCACAUCAACACAAUCCGGUGGCCGGCGAGGGUUUCAAUUUGACAUGUGGUGUCUUGUUGGAUAAAUUCAGACGAGAAAUCUCUUGGUGGUGGAGAGAUUCGAAUGGUCAAACAUUUAGAAUCACUAGCAACAACAAACCUCCAGGGGCAGUGUUGUCAAAUAACUUGAAAAGAUAUUCGUAUGCCGAGGUAUUGGAAUGGCCGCAGAUAUCAAAAGAUGCUAGUGGAACGUACAUUUGUCAAACCACCUAUCUGGACAAUAAGUCGUUCAACACUUCACUUAUUAUUGAAGUCCUUUCUGGACGAGCUCCUGUAAUCCACAAUGCCAGUAAUUCAGAUGUCUCCAUUGAGCAAUUCACUGAAUUGUCCCUUUUUUGCAACGCUGAUGGACUGCCAACUCCGAAAGCUGAAUGGAUCAAGGAUGGAACUGUCAUAACUGAAGGAGUAGCAUACACGGCGGCAGGCUGGUCACUGUACGUACGAUACGCCAACUUAAGUCACGCUGGAUGGUACACUUGCCGUUUCAGCAACAUAAAUGGCACGGAGGAGCGUACGAUGUUUGUGAAUAUUCGCGAAAAGCCCGUCCAUGCGGGAAUUAUCGUUGCUAUAGUGAUUGUUGUUGCCAUUGUUCUAGUUCUGAUCAUCAUCCUAGCCAAAAAAAUUCACCAAGAUAAGAAACGCAAAGAAUUUUUCCGUGCAAACCAACUCGACAUUUUCGACAAAGGAAAUCCGGAAAGCAUUAAUCCAGACUUACCGAUUGACGAACAAACCGAACUAUUGCCGUACGACAAACGGUGGGAAUUUCCUCGCGAUCGUCUUAAAUUAGGCAAACAAUUGGGAGCCGGAGCAUUUGGUAGGGUUGUUAAAGCAGAAGCUGAGGGCAUUGACACCUGCGAAUCGACGACAACUGUGGCAGUUAAAAUGGUCCGCUCUCACGGUAACAUGAUUGGGUUGAAAGCCUUAAUGUCCGAAUUGAAAAUCAUGAUCCACAUGGGGUCGCAUUUGAACGUGGUGAAUGUCCUUGGAGCUUGCACGAAAAACGUGACCAAAGGUGAAUUGUUGGUGAUUGUUGAAUACUGCCGUUACGGUAACAUACAGAAUUACCUCAUCCGCAACCGAGCCAAAUUCCUCAAUCAAGUCGAUUCGAGAGGUUACGUAAUCACGUCCACAGGAGAAGAUCAACUGACUGAAGCAGAAGCACAACGAGGCUACCCGGCGCCGAGGAGUCCCCUAGGAAGCCAAUCGACCAGCAAAAACUAUAGCGGAUCGGAAAACACUGAUGUUACUUUCCUCUCAAUGUCACCCACUGCAGGUGGCGCUAGACAGUCGGAUUUGGUCGAAGGAAUCGACAGCAACGGACACACCAUCUUGACUUCGGCACCUUCCAACGCAUCUGGCAACCAACCUUAUCCACCAUGGAGGUCAAAUUACCGCGGUGACUAUCGCGAUUUGCCCGAACAACCAUUAUGCACGCGCGACCUCCUCUGUUGGGCUUUUCAAAUUGCUCGCGGCAUGGACUACCUCGCUCGGCGUAAGAUUCUUCAUGGUGACCUGGCGGCGCGUAAUGUACUACUCGCCGACAACAAUAUCGUGAAAAUAGCCGACUUCGGCCUGGCGCGCGAAGUCUACCGGUCUGGAAAUUACAAGAAGAAAGGAGAGGGCCCCUUGCCGGUCAAGUGGAUGGCUAUUGAGUCGAUCGUUGAUCGGGUGUUUUCGACUCAGUCGGACGUAUGGUCAUUCGGCAUCGUCCUUUGGGAGCUUUUCUCCCUUGGAAAGACUCCUUAUCCGGGAAUGGAAGCUGAUGAACAGUUUUUCAUCAAACUGCGACAAGGCUAUCGUAUGGAAAAGCCGAAAUAUGCGCCCAACAUGAUCUACCAAAUCAUGAAAAAUUGUUGGCUGCAUGAUCCUACCGAAAGACCCGAUUUCACGGCCUUAUCUGAAGCGUUGGGUGAACAGCUGAACCCUACUGUUAGGCGUCAUUACCUCGACCUCAAUGAAGCCUACAUCGAGUCGAAUAACGCCAAAGAAUCAACUGAUUACUUGAGCAUGAUGAAUCCAGUGAAUUAUGUCAAUGUCGGCAGUGGACCGUCUCCCAUGCCUGGACGCCAGUACGCUAAUGUACCAUCUGCCAACGCCCUUGAUGAAAAUAAUGACCAAACAUCGCAUUACCUGGCCAUGGGAAGUGUUGGUUCACCUAAUGACAACCUUCCAGGUGAUGGUUACCUUUUCAUGACGAACGCAGACUCCAGGUCGCCGAUCUCACGCGAUAGCGGCAUUCGGAUGGAUUCCAAUGAUUCCGAGAUUAAGUUUUCCACCAGAUUGCGUAUGGCUAAUGAAGAGUUGCCAAACAGUUUAGAAAUGCAUCCGAUGCUGGGCCCAGUGUCACCUAAUCAAGUGGAAACAGAGCCAAAGGUUAACGGUUUCUCGAAUCCCAAUUAUCAGAAUCCGCCUGUGAUCAAGUGUUCCGACCUGGAUGAUGUUCCUUUGGCGACGAAGCAAACAAAUUCGCCAAUGUUAGGCAAGCAAUUGUAUGUCAACGUAAAUCAAUCGCCUGCUAGCGAGGACGAAGAGCAACAUUACGUCAGCCCUAGGAAUAAUGUCAGAAUCGUUUGAUGACACAACCCACAUCUUAUCACGCUUUGUUUGUUGAGUGUCUGCGACUUUUGUUGAUUCAUUGGUGUGUGUGUGUACAUCAUGCCUGUAAGGUUUCCCGAGUUUACAUCAAUUACGCGCCUAAACGCGCCGUUGUCGUAACGGACAGUGAUUAAAAGCCACAGUUCCAGAGCUUGUCAUUACGGCUACCUUUCGUUUAGAUUAGUUAACAAAAUGUAGAGUCAAAUGUGAAUGUAAUCAGAUUUUAAGAAAAGAAAUGUUUGCAACGUUUUAACAACCGCUACUUUGCUAAGGUUUUACGCAUCCAACGUUUUAUCAGUUGACAUGAAACAGGGCAUUGGUCGCACGACGCAGUUGAACCAACUGCGUCGUCUGCAUUCCUGACCAACUUCCUCUUACGGUUCGUUUAAAACGAAGAACGUUUCCCUCAAUUUUAUUUGGGGUAUAUGGAAAAGCAGAAGAGUAUUUUUGCUUAGCCAAAGCCAAAAUAUGAUUAUUAUUAUCGUUGUAUUAUUGUUGCCAGCCAUUGCCGAAAAACGUACCUUUCAUUUGUGUAACUGUAGUGCUUAAUCGUGCAAGUGUAAUAUUCAUGUUUUUGCCAAAAGUAUCAGCGGACAACAUUCCCAAAUAUUUUGAAACGUUAUCACGAUUGUUUUGACUCUUUGCCCUCAACUUCAUACACGACAUUUUUUUUUCUCCCCCCAUUAAUACACACAUUUAUGAAAAUA